AUGGGAGAUAAAAAGAAGCAUUGCACACAGGGCUCUCUGUUGCACAUGAUUGCAAGCCGUGGUCAUCGGGAAGGAUCCAACGAACAUGACAAAAUAGAGCUUCCUCAGCAAUCAACAUCUGUAGAUAUCAAGAGAAUUCAAAUUGGCAACACCAACAUUUAUCCAAUUGUCUUCAAGUUCCUGUGCGACUUGUGGAGUGCCCAGGUCAACCUUGUGUCGAACACAAGCAACUGGCGCGCUGGCGAGCCCUUUGUUGCAACUGCCAUGUGGUUGUACUUGCACACCCUUGUUAAUGGGACUCAUUUUGGUGCCUAUACACACCAACAAGGGAAAGGAAUAUCAUAUGCAUUCAUGGAUGAUCGCCAAGCAAUAUGUAUCCAUCAUAUCUUCCAUGUUCAACAUGACCGCCAGGACAGCAAUCUCCCUCCAUUGGUGACCACUUUGGCCAUUAUCACACGGUUCAUAAGUGAAAACCUUCCACAACUGCCGUGGUCCAAUCACCAAGUCUUGCCAGUGAAACUGACUUGGGCAUUUACACAUGGAACUUCAAAAGAUUCUCCUAGCCAGAGGUUAUAG